GUAUGUUUAUCUGAUCCACGAUGUGAGCGCUUGCAGCUCGAAGAUCUGCUAAUUUCACCACUGCAGCGCAUAACGAAACUUCCAAUAGUGCUGAAAGAGAUUCAUAAAUAUACGCAGAAUCCAGAAGAUAAAGCGCGCAUCGAAAAAGUUAUUGAGAAUAUGAGCGAGUCUCUAAGUAAGUAUAUGCACAAUCAACGAUUAUGA